CCCACUCCUCCAUGAACCCGACGACGCGCCCACAUCAUUCGUUCGCCAUGUCUAUCUAGAAGAUCUUACAACUGGUCGCCAGCGGACGUGACCAACAAACCCUUGUUCCACUUUUCUCCCCGCAUUCAGCCCUUUGUCUCUGAGCUCCAAGGCUCCACUCGCCAACAUGACCGGCUCACCGCAACCUACCAAAUCCGCAAGAUCCGUCCCAGCCCGUGGGGCGCUUCUGCCGCAAAAGCUGCAUCCUUGUCAGGGAGCUCGGGCGUCUAUUUUUCAACCACCUCAUACCCCCACCUCCAUCUCCUCUGCACCUCCUCACGGUUCCCCUCUGCGCCGAACAGGAACCUGGGAUGAUGCAACAACACCGAACUUAAGUCGGAAGCGUUCCCGCGCCGAUCCGGAUUCGUCUUCUGUCAACAACCUCAACACACCUUACUCUGCUUCUGCCAACGGCUGGACCACUAUGGCUGAUGUUUCAACCAUCAUGCGCUCCAUCGACACCACAAGCCCGCCACCCUUUGUCAACACCCGAUACACCUGCGCCGGGGGCCUGGAUACUCCGGGGUUGAAGGCGGCAGCUAUCUACGACACCGAGGACGACAACCCGUACGUCGACUUUCGGCGGAGAUGGAGCGUCACCAGUCACGACGACAACGCCAUCUCCGCUUCCACGGCCCUUGGCCACGGCAAACGCAAGCGAUCUCAAUCCACGAAUGAUGCUACAUCUGAGGGCUGGGGCAGAUUUGUCUUCACGCUGGUCGGAGGAGUAGCCAGCAAGGUCUGGGAGUUUGCUCGCAACAGCACCUUCAGAGGCUUCUACGCUGGCGGGGGCCAAGGAUACAAGAUGCCGAGACCCAACGGUCUGAACAGGAAAAGUUCAACUUGCAGUGUCUGGGAGGAUGUCAGCACCCAUCACAGCCCAAGAGGGUUCGAUUUCUCUUCAAACCCGGUACCCGGCCGAUUUCCCCAGAAUGAGCUCUGCCGAGCGAGAGAGGACAGUCCACAGCGCCCGGCAAAGAAGCAGCAUACGGACAUGGGGGCAAGCUGGGUGAUGGUACCUCGACCAACUGAAGACGCGAAGUCGUCGAGCACAGUGCGGAAAACGCCCCAGCCAAAUGGCGUGCCUCGAUUCUCGCGGCCCCGGGCAUCUUCUGGACCUCGACGCUCAAUCCUCCCCGCUCCGCGGCGAUCCUCGACUGGCCAAACUGGCUCACCGGCGGUUCAGACGGAGAAGUCUGCGUAUUCCACGCUGCCCCGCUCCCGGGCGCAUUCGAGAACAUCCAUCAACAGCAACAGUUCCGGAAAGAGCACGCCCCUCUCGCCAGAGACGCAGAAGUGGAUGGCCCAGAGACGCAGGGAGGAUCAAGAGGCCAACGCGAGCAUGCGAAAGCUGAACGCUCAGCUCAGAGCCAUGAUCACGCAGGGUCGGCAGGCACUGGGCACCAAGAUUGAAAUCGAGGACGGCGAGGACGAGAUGAUGGAGGACGAAGGCUUUGCCGAGGGCUGCAUUGAUCAGCCUAUGAAGUGGUAGAUAGAUCCAUUGGUGUCGCAUGGCGCUUUGCUUUUAGGUUUGCGGCGUUUUCUGGAAACUGAUACCCUCAUGGUGCGGGCACAAUGACUUCAAAUGGAACAAAAAAUAACGAGACGGAUCGUCCCAGAGGGGCAUCAGGAUAACCGAGGGUUGCAUGCUGGUUUUGCUUCAAGGUUAGCUUUUUCCUUUUUUACCGUUUUUCUUUUUUACAUAUGACGCGUUACGACUAUGAUACAGAAAUUGAGAAAGACGUCGAGAU